UGUUGUGGAUCGUCGAAAAAGCGCUCCAACCGAUCUUUAUGUUCUAAAGCAGAUGAUACUGGGGGACUUCCCGCAAAUACCACCAGAGAAGGCCCAGGUCGGACGGUAUAUCGCUCUCGACUGUGAAGUGGUAAAAAUUAAGCCACCAUAUACGGAUAAAAUGGAAAUGUCUUUGGCGCGGGUUUCCGUUGUCAAUUUUCAUGGGGAUAUUAUAAUCGAUGUCUUCGUCAAGCAGGUAGAGCCGGUUGAGGACUAUCUGACUGCCGUCAGUGGGAUCCGCCCUGGUGACCUUGAUGGUCCGAAUUCGGUAUCAAUUAGGGAUGUGCGCAAGAAGGUGGAGGACUUGUUUAAAGGUCGUGUCUUGAUUGGGCAUACUCUUUCGAGGAAUCUCAAGACGCUCUUUCUGGCGCACGAUCAUUCCGACACUGUCGAUAUCCAGACUAUGCUUGCGAUUCGUUCCAAGUAUAACUCGCAAGAGGCUAGCCUCCGUGAGCUCACCCGGCGGGAAUGUGGGGUUGACAUCGAGGAUCAACAACGUUCUAGCGUGCUCAAGGCCCGGGCGUCGAUGGCCAUCUUCCGCUUAUAUAAACAUACCCUUACGCUUCUUUAUAAACGCAAACGUGAAGAGUCUAACGCACCCGACCGCAACCAGAGACAAAGACAGCACAAAACUUGGGGCGAUGAGGCCGCUCUGCAAAUCGUUGAUGAUUCAAGCAAAGAGACGAGGAAGGGCGAGAAAGUGGCUUCAUCCCGGCCUGGGAAACGAGUCGCCUCAGCGAGGAGUGAAGUGUCUUCAGAUGAUUGGUGGUCACAGUUGGGUUCACAAUCUACCCAGGGGAGGCGUAAUCAGCGAAGCUAGUAUUUCUGAUGAAUAUAUUGACAUCAUCGUGCCAAUGUAGUGGAUACGCGUAAUGCAAUUCGGCAGCAAAAGACGGAG